AUGACAAGCAAUUUCGUUCGGCAUUCGAGACCUUGCCGUUCAAUUUUGACCUCCAUAUCCCUGAGUUCAUUCGAGAUCACCAUCCUCAAUAUGCUUUUCAAGGCCGUUAUUCUCUACACUUUGAGCGUUGCCGUUGCGGCCUCGCCUGUUCUUCAGGAAAGGGACGAUGUCACCUGGUACAGACCUGAUCCGUCAGUCUUUGACUGCAAGAAUCUAGACGCCUGGGAUGAAUGUGCGAAAGCGUAUUCAUACUGUUCAAUCGCCCUUAACUAUCCUCAGGAAGCUUGGUAA